CGGCGCUGCUCAGAAUCCGCUGCGGCUCCCGGAGUAGGCAGAGGAAGCCGGCGGGUCCCCUACGGGGCUGCGCUCGCUGCGGCGACCCCGUCGGGAUGGACGGCCGGCGUGGCGGGAGCUGAGCGUCGCUCAUGGACGGGCAGACGGAGCCUGCCGCGAUGGAGGAGGCGCGGCUGCUCAACGCGUCGCUGCUCUGCCGGCCAGAGAACGGCUCCUCGCACAGCUCCUGGAACGGCACCGGCGGCGGCGGCUGCGAGGCUUCCCGCAGGUCCGGAGAGCUGGCCCUGGCAGUGCGGGUGCUGCUCUACUCGGUCAUCUUCCUGCUGGGCCUGUGUGGGAACGCGCUGGUCAUCGCGGUGCUGGCAGGCAACAAGCGUCUUCGGACCAUCACCAACUCCUUCCUGCUCUCGCUGGCGCUGAGUGACCUGAUGGUGGCGCUCUUCUGCCUGCCCUUCACCUUCAUCCCCAACCUGAUGGACAACUUCAUCUUCGGGAGGGUCGUCUGCAAGGCCGUGGCCUACCUGAUGGGGGUGUCGGUGAGUGUCUCCACCUUCAGCCUGGUGGCCAUCGCCAUCGAGCGCUACAGCGCCAUCUGCAGGCCCUUGCAGUCCCGCGUGUGGCAGACCCGCUCCCAUGCCUACCGGGUCAUCGCCGCCACCUGGGUGCUCUCGGCGCUGCUGAUGCUGCCCUACCCGGUUUACAGCACCACCCAGCCUAUGCGCAACCAGCCCCACCACACCCAGUGCAGCCACAACUGGCCUGGGCACAUCAGGCAGGCCUGGUACCUGUUGCUGCUCAUCAUACUCUUCCUUGUCCCGGGACUGGUCAUGAUCGUGGCUUAUGGAUUGAUCUCCUCCGAGCUCUACAGGGGGAUCCAGUUUGAGAUGGAUCUCUCCCGUGAGGCCAAAGGUCAGCAGAACGGGGCCACCAUGGAGCUCCUGGCCUCCUGCGACGAGGGCGACGGCUGCUACGUCCAGGUGCCCUGGCCCACCGAGAGCCCGAUGGAGCUGCCGGCCUUGAGCCCGGAGGACGGUGCCAAGCAGGAGCGGGCACGUGUCAACAGCUCAGAGGCCAAGCUGCUGGCCAAGAAGCGGGUCAUCCGGAUGCUGGUGGUGAUCGUGGCACUCUUCUUUGGGUGCUGGCUGCCCAUCUUCAUGGCCAACACCUGGCAGGCUUUCUACCCCAAGGCCGCCCAGCGCGCCCUCUCAGGAACCCCCAUCUCCUUCAUCCACCUGCUGUGCUACUGCUCCACCUGCGUCAACCCCUUCAUCUACUGCUUCACGAACAAGCGUUUCCGCCAGGCCUUCGCCACCACGUUCGCCUGCCGCGCCAUGCCCUGCUGGUCCCGGCCACGCCGUGCCCCCGAGGAGGAGGCCACUGCCACCAGGACCUCCUUCUCCAAGUUCAGCUACACCACAGUCAGCAGCAUAGCCCCACCCGAGCACUGAGGCUCUCCUGCCCGGCCCCACGUCCAGGAGGCCCUCAGGGCCAUGCCUGGGCCAAACCCCACGGCCUUUCCUUCCUCCCCUGCCUGCCUGCCCCUUGCCAACCCCAGGCUGAGGAGGAGAUUCCAUGGGCCCAAAAACCUAGGAGGGAGCAGGUCUGUUGAGGGGGGGGAGGUUAAUGGGUGGACAAAGCUGUUUUCUUGCCUAUCUCCCUGGCCCUCUCCCGUACAGACACCCCUUCUCUUCCCUGGGAAUCACCCCUGCUCUGAAGGUAUUAAUUGCUAUGCUGCAUUCCCCCCCCCCAAUUCCCCAACUGAGGGGUGUAAAAUUGGAGAGGGGGUCCAGCUUGUGGAGUCCAGCAAGGCCUCAGUGCUGCCCGGGGCAAGAGGUGAAGCUGAAUCAACCAUGAGUUCCACAGGUUGGGGGAGUUAACAGCCCCAUAACCACUGGCCUGCCUCACAGGGCUGUUGUCGCCAAUCUGGAGAAGGAGCAGCAAUGUCUUUGCCUCGAGGAUUUCCUCUCCCCCAGCCCUCCUUCCUGGACACCCCUUCACACCUGCUUUGAAUAGCUGUGUGCCACUGCCUCUACCCCGCCCCCCAACUGAGGAGUCUGGCUAGGGAUUCUGGGGGUCCCUCUGUUCACCAGUGGUAGAACCCCUCAUGUCAGUUUGGAGAGGGCGAAUGGGGGCCUUUUCUGUAGCUUUCUGUGCAAUAAAAUUCUUGAAAUGGCACUGCUGCCAACGCAGAUGGAA